AUGACGGACGAUGUGGACGACAUCGGCGCUCAGUGUGCACUGCCGACUUGCCGCACACUGGACUGGCUGCCCAUCGCAUGUACUGCAUGUCAGCUGAGGUUCUGUCGUCACCACGCAGCGCGUGAUGAUCACGGAUGUCCUGCUGACAUCCCGGUAGCGCGUGUCGGUCCAGCUGUAGGGCCAUCCUUCGCAGAACUCUUGCCGGACCGACAAGCGGGUUAUGCAGCCAUAGAUGCCAAGCGCGAAGUUGCCAUGAGCUCCAAAGAAGAGCGUUCUCGCAAGGCCAGAGAUCUCAUCGCAAAGAACUUUGCACGUGCAAGCCCGUCGACCGUUCAGCCAAAGCCUGCUGUCAAGCGCAACGCCGUCAUUGAGCGUAUGCGACUUAAAGGCAAGGCCGUUCCUGGCGAUCUCAACAAGCGCGCCGUAGCCGAGCAGGACAGGGUCUACUUUCUCGCGCGCUGCCAUACCUCUGCAGGAUCAAGCGAGAGCAAGUCUGUAUGGCUAGACGAAUCAACUAGCAUCGGCCGGUCACUCGAUCUCAUUGCAGCUGCUUUCAAAGUACACAAUGUCAACCACCAGACGAGUGACAUCAGCCUGCGUCUGGCGCUCUUCAAACCGUCAGAUCUCCCACGCUCGCUCGGAGAUCCUUUCGCGAGCGCUCAAGGCAGCAUCGUCACCGCUAUGUCUUCCACACUCAGCAGUGUGUUCGAGCCCGGAGAGCUCAGCAAGACGUCUUGGAUGCCCGAGCUGUGGCUUUCUUCAUGGCAUCAGAUCGAUACUUCACUCAUCUGCGUUUGUCGACAUCACACCUUUAGCGAGUCGACAUGGCUCCUUGUUCUCAGAUGCUGGCUCAAGUUUCGAGAGAGUCUGGGCAGGAUUCCGAUGGCAUUCUGCACAUGUAUCCUCAAAACACCUCCACUGAACCUCUGCACGCCCGUCCACAAUGCUCAAAAUCACAACUACGAGCUCACAAAUGGCUGCUCUGUCUCUCCCCGUGGCGAAGGAAACGCUGCACAUAGCCAUACUGGACAGCGAGAACACGCAGGAAAUGGUCUGCAGGCUCGAGACGGGAAUGCUCUCCAACCUGGUAGCAGCCGCCUCGGCGCAGCUGACCUCUCUGUGGCGCACUGUUGCCAGGUCAUAAUGCUUUUGGUCUCGCUCGACGUACAACAAGCUCUGCAAUCACUACAUGCGGAUAUGACCGAUAUCAAUACAACCCUAUGCGCCUCUUGCACUGUCGAGAUUGGAUUCCAAUCGAGAUGGAUGGUUGCUGUUGUGGCCGCCGUACGACUGCUCGUGUAUGGCAUGCAGGCACUCACCAACCCUGCUCGAACGCCACGAUGGAGUGUCUUGCACGAGCUACGGUUACUCAAUGCAGCGCGCUGA